GAUCAAAUCAUGGCCUCGGCGUAGAAACUUGAAACCAGGCAAGCGCCCGCCGGUUGGCGCCAGCCGGCCAGCAUUUGAUGGUACCGAACCGUAGACCAUUUUCAGGGUCCUUCAUUUUUUGGCUAUGGUACAUUUCAGUCUUUGUGGUUGAUGCUGACUGGUGUGUUGACCAGUCUUCGGGUGACUGCAAGGCGUUAUUCUUGCAGCAUGGAAUCCAACUACACCAGGUAACUGGUCCAGCUGGGCAUCAGGCCAUUAAACACGCUCGACAUGGAGCACAGACGCUGAACAACACCUUCAGGGAGGUGGAAACGGCAACUACGCAUUCGCCCAAAAAUUUCAGCCGGAACUUGUCAUUCGGCAAAGGAAAAGAGGAGGACUCACUCCUGCUGAACCAGCUAGUGGCUCUCUCUUUGACCAAAGAGGGAAGUACAUCGACAGUAUCUGCAAUUAUAAAUAUUGUUGUGUUGGCCUUGUUGGUCGCUUUAAUUGUGUUGCUUUGCAGGCACGACAUGAACCUCGAGGAAGCACGUACUGAGGUCCAGGAGGAUCCGCGAAUCCUCUACAAGCAGUUCGAGCAAAACUACUCCAAGGAACCAUCUGUGGCUCGAAGACUUCAAGAGUGCCUAUCAUGUUGGCAGACCUGCUGCUGAUGCGGGCGCUGCAUUUCAUGUGGCUUCUCGAGAGCGCAAAAAA